UACAUUAAGUUAUAAAAAAAAAGUUAUAACAAUACACACAUAAUGAUGGACUCAAAUAUCGGUAAUUUGCGGCAAACAAUGUUUGCCAAACAAUUGAUGGCAUACUUUUCGGACAUCAAUAUCAAUACAAAUCGGUUUAUUAGAGAUGAGGUCAACAAAGAUAAUGGAUGGAUCAGUUUUACGACAUUAAUGACAUUCAAUCGUUUGAAACAAUUGGCAGACAAUUCGUACAAUAUUUUCGUUGAUAUCGUUAAAAAUCUUCAGUUAGAUACAGAUUUUCUGGAGAUUGAUGUCAUCAACGAAAGAGUUCGCCGAAACCCCAACCGACCCGUACGGCCGAAAACUGACGAAUGGAUUCGCGAGUACAACGAACGUACUGUACAUUUGGCCGGAUUUCCAACGGCUACGGCGGCGGACGUAACGUUUGAUCAGCUGAUGCAAUGGUCGCAAACGUACGGAACAGUUGAAUGGCUGGAUAUGAGAUACAGGCGCUCAACGAACAAUGAUGUCGUCGAUGAUAAUGACAAAGAUGACGACAAACAGUUCAAAGGAUGUAUUUAUGUGACUUACGAGACAAAAGCAAUGGCCGACAGUCUGUUAGGUCAAGAAGUGGUCAAAUAUGGCGACAACAAUGAACUAAUGAAAGAAAAUAAAUUGCAAUACUAUCGACGCAAACGUGAAUUUGUGAACAAAUUGAAAAUCAGAAAAACUGUUAAACGUAUCAUUAGGUUAGCCAUCAGUGAGAGAAAUGCCGAAAUCAAUGAUAAUAAUAAUAAUAAUAAUAAUAAUACUGAAGAGGUUUAUAUACCGCAUAACUCGUCUGUAUUGAUGCUGAAGAAAGUGCCCAAACAGUUGUCAUAUCAGUCGAUCCGCCACUACUUCUACAAAGUUUGCAGUCCUUAUCAAUGCCGACGACGACUACGAGUCGGCGGAAAAGCUUCAAAACCAGUUGUUAAAUAUGUACUGAAAAUUGGCCGCAAAAAUGUCUGUUAUGUCCGUUUCAAUCGUAACUAUAUGGCUACGACUGUAUUGAAUACAAACCGGAUAACUGACGACACGGACGACGUCCAGAAGCUGGUCAUCGAUGGUCAUCAUGUGGUGGCCGAAGUGCUCGAUGGACACCACUUACAACACUUUUGGCAAUUGAAUACUAAACGUAUAAACAAAAUGAAAGCCAAAAAAGAUCGCCACAGCGAUGAUGUGGCCAAAUAUCAGAUGACAAGCGGCGAGACAUGUGUACUGAAACGGGUAGACAAACGGCUCGAAUCGUUGAAACAGUCACUGAAAGAUUCCGUACUAAUUAUUGCCUUAUUUGGUAGUAGUUUUGAUGGCAAUGACACUAAAAAACAUGAUAAUACUAGACAUCAAUUACUGGUCGAUGAGUUGAAUCAAUUGGCAACUGUUAGAUCAUGGAUUGUGUGUGAAAACAACUGUCUAUACGUACGGUUCGCCAGCAGCCGAAUGGCCCGUAAUGUGUUGACAAUGACCAGUGUAGACGACUCGCAGCCGCUGACCGAUUGCACGGGUAAUUUGUAUCAUAAAAUGCUGGUCAACACGGAUUGGGAAGUCUAUGCUCGGGUACUGACCGGACCGGCCGAACAGCACUACCUGAACUGGUCGGUCAUAGACUACGAUAGGCCGCUACUAAUCAACAAAGAGCUGAAACGCUUCCGGCGUUUGCGACGUUAGACUCCCACCGUCCCGG